UUUCCAAUUUCACUACGUGUGUGUGUAUGUGUGUGCGUGGGUCGUGUGCGCUACUUUAAAUAUAUUUAUAUAACGUUGAAUCUGUUUUACAGGUGUUUGAACAGUUUAAGACCUUAUCAUGGAAUACUUUUGUUAACUGAGCCAUUGGACUUGUUAGAAUCUUUGCAAAUAGAUUGUUCUCCCGCACUUAAACGUUUGAUUCAGAUGUACAAUCCAUUAAAAAGUUUGCAGACUUUAGCCGCAGACUCGGAUCUGACACUCGCGCAAGUGUUUCAGCUAGCUGGUCAUUUAGUUUACUGGGCAAAAGCUACAAUAAUUUAUCCACUUUGCGAAAGCAAUGUUUAUGUUGUCUCCCCCGAUGCUGUUUUGACUAGCCAGUUGCUAGAUUCUUUCUCCGAACACUUCCCAGGAGUUUGCUUACUUCAAGUAAUCAGUGAUUUCUCCCUACCAACUUCAAUUAGCCAAAAGCUGAAUCCUUUGAGCCAGCCGCAGCAGCAAACGCAAUUAGUAAAGAUAAUCAUAUGGCUAUUAAAAAAUCAUUUGCUUCUACAAUUGCACACAUAUGUGCGAUACGUACCAACGGUAUAUGGCCGUUUAUCAUUGGAUACACAGGACCAACAAACAAAUGAUACAAUUGCAAGAAUAGAAGAAAGCGAAAGCACAUGGAGUUUGAAUGAAACGCCAAAAGGAACGCCUACCGAAAUCAAAGAGGAGUUAUCGCUCACGGAUAAGGAGGAUGCGUUAUACGACUUUCAAUCGGAAGAUUAUGAUAUUCCUUCCGAUGACAGGAAAUUACUCGAUAGACUGUGCCGUCUUGGUUAUUUUGACGGAGAUUAUCACUUGGAGGAGAUUAUGUAUUUAGAAAAUAUUCGUAGAUCCCAGUUGUUACAACUUCUGGAUAAGUUUCGAGAUGUAUUAAUGACUUCCGAGUGCGAAGAUCCCGCCAUAGCACUCUUUUAUAGCCGAUUAGGUACUUGAUUCUAAUUAUAUACAAUAAUAUAUACGGAGAAAGUAAUCAAGAGAGUUAUUUCAAACGGAAUAACUUUUUUUUCCCCGAUUAAAAGAUGCGAACCAAAAAUGUUACAAACAAUUUGUAUAAUUUUAAUUAUAGCCCGGCUAUGAUGCUCAUUAUUUUAGGAAUUUUUUUCAAAUAAAAAACAUUUUUGCUA